CAUCAUUUAAUAUCUUCAACAAAAUCUAUGAAUCAGAGAUCCAUCUGGAAACCCCAAACCAAUCUCACUUUCCGGUUCCGAUUCCGAUGAGUGAUCGUUCCGACAACUUCAAUCAAUCUCCGGCAGCACCACUAUCAUGAAGACAAACACUCACAAUCUCUUCAAAAUAUCCAUCAUCAUCCUCUUCAUCUCAAUCUCAAUCUCAAUCUCCCUCUUUCACUUCACCAAAUCCCCUCAAACCCUAACCCUAACCCCCAAAUCACCUCGAACGAAUUACAUAGUCAGAUUCACCAAUUACAAGCACGCACACCACCACAAGAAGUAUCUCGAACACAACACGAAGAAGAAAUUCAACGCUUCUUCAAAUUGGGAAUGGAUUGAUAGAAAUAAUGCUGCUUCUAGGUUUCCGACGGAUUUCGGUGUUGUAUCGGUGGAUGACGAGGCGGUUAAUUCGGUUGUUGAAGAGUUUCAGAGGCUGGAGAUGGUUAAGGAUGUUACAGUUGAUUCGAGUUACCAGUUGAGGAACUUGUUAGGUGGAAAUGAGAAGGUGUUUGAGAGAAUUGGCGCGUUUUCGGAUGCGAAGAAGCGCCCUGGGAAGAUCUUUACUUCCAUGUCGUUUGAGGAUAAUCAGACAGUUGAAUGGAGAAGAGAACUUUUAUCACAUAAGUCACAAGUUACAUCAUUGUUUGGGGCAGAUGGGCUUUGGUCCAAAGGGUAUACAGGGGGGAAAGUUAAGAUGGCGAUAUUCGAUACGGGAAUUCGUUCGGAUCAUCCACAUUUCCGCAACAUUAAGGAGCGUACUAAUUGGACGAAUGAAGAUACUUUAAAUGAUAAUCUUGGACAUGGUACGUUUGUCGCUGGAGUGAUUGCUGGUGAAGAUGCGGAAUGCCUUGGGUUUGCGCCGGAUACUGAGAUCUAUGCUUUUCGUGUGUUUACGGAUGCGCAGGUUUCAUACACGUCGUGGUUUUUGGAUGCGUUUAAUUAUGCAAUCGCAAGCAAUAUGGAUGUUCUAAACUUGAGCAUUGGCGGUCCUGAUUACUUAGAUCUUCCGUUUGUGGAGAAGGUGUUGGAAUUGACAGCGAGCAAUAUCAUAAUGGUGUCUGCAAUUGGAAAUGACGGGCCUCUAUAUGGUACGCUGAACAAUCCCGCUGAUCAAAGUGAUGUUAUUGGCGUUGGCGGUAUAGAUUACAACGAUCACAUCGCCUCAUUUUCGUCACGUGGCAUGAGCACUUGGGAGAUUCCUCACGGUUACGGACGUGUGAAACCUGAUGUUGUUGCAUACGGGCGAGAAAUUAUGGGAUCGAAAAUCAGUACGGGUUGUAAAACGUUAUCAGGAACAAGCGUCGCAAGUCCGGUGGUUGCUGGUGUCGUGUGUCUACUCGUGAGUGUAAUCCCCGAAAGCGAAAGAAAACAUCUUCUAAAUCCGGCAAGCAUGAAGCAAGCGCUAGUCGAAGGGGCUGCAAAGCUUUCGGGCCCUAAUAUGUAUGAACAGGGUGCGGGUCGGGUCGAUCUGUUGGAAUCAUACGAAAUACUAAAAAGCUACAAGCCGCGGGCCAGCAUCUUCCCUAGCGUUCUGGAUUACACCGACUGCCCGUAUGCAUGGCCAUUUUGCCAACAACCGCUUUACGCAGACGCAAUGCCUGUUCUAUUCAACACGACGAUAUUAAACGGAAUGGGUGUAAUUGGUUAUAUCGAAAGUCCACCCGUUUGGCAUCCGUCGAAUGAAGAAAGUAAUCUUUUGAGUAUCCAUUUCACGUAUUCGGAUAUCAUUUGGCCGUGGACCGGUUUUCUCGCGCUUCACAUGCAAAUCAAAGAAGAAGGAUCUCAAUUUUCGGGUGAAAUCGAGGGUAAUGUAACCGUUAAAGUUUACAGCCCACCGGGUUUAGGCGAAACCUCGUUUCGACACAGUACGUGUGUAUUACAUUUGAAAUUAAGAGUGAUUCCGACACCAUCACGAUCGGUUAGGGUUUUGUGGGAUCAGUUUCACAGCAUCAAAUACCCACCCGGUUACAUUCCGCGUGAUUCAUUAGAUGUUCGCAACGAUAUUCUCGAUUGGCAUGGGGAUCACUUACAUACUAAUUUCCAUAUCAUGUUUAAUAUGUUACGAGAUGCGGGAUACUAUAUCGAAACACUCGGGUCACCGUUGACUUGUUUUGACGCUCGUCAAUACGGAACUUUAAUGUUGGUGGAUCUGGAAGACGAGUAUUUCGAAGAAGAGAUUCAAAAGUUAAGGGAUGAUGUUGUGAACACGGGGUUGAGUUUGGUUGUGUUUGGGGAUUGGUAUAACGUUGAUACGAUGGUUAAGAUGAGGUUUUUUGAUGAUAAUACACGGAGUUGGUGGACUCCGGUCACCGGUGGUGCUAAUAUUCCCGCAUUGAAUGAUCUUUUGGCUCCGUUUGGUAUUGCUUUUGGAGAUAGGAUUUUGAAUGGUGAUUUUAGUUUGAAUGAUGAGUUGAUUAAGUAUGCUUCCGGGACUAAUAUUGUUAAGUUUCCGAGUGGUGGGUUUGUGCAUCGUUUCCCGUUUUAUGACAGCUCAGAAAGUGGGGCCACACAUAGUUUCCUAGCUGGCGGUAAAGACAAUGCUGACUCAGCAAUUCUUGGCCUCGUAGAAGUUGGAGGGAGUCGAAUUGCAGUAUAUGGGGAUUCCAACUGUUUGGACAGCAGUCAUAUGGUUACAAACUGUUAUUGGCUUUUACGCAAAAUACUGGAUUUCACUGGCAAAAACGUCAAAGAUCCUAUACUUUUCUCAAAUUCAGUCAAAUUAGAAACACCAUUACACCAAGAUGACGAUCAAUUACCCUCUCGAAGAACUGAUUUGAAUUUCUCGACGUAUUCUGCGGUUCUCGGAAAGGAAUUGAUUUGCAGGAGUGAUUCCAGGUUUGAUGUUUGGGGAACAAAAGGGUAUGGGUUACAGGUUAGAGGUCGGAAUCGGCGGUUACCGGGUUAUAAAGCGAUUGAUCUUGGUAUGGGCUUAAAUUCUUCAUCCGAUAUCUCAAUUUCAAAGAGCCCCAAAAUUGUUGACAGAAGUAAAGAAAAUUCUUCGGGCAAUAAAUUCCUUGGCUUGCUGUAUAGAGAUGAUCUGGAUGCACCAGUUGUAUUUCCAAGUCAUUGGCUUGUACCUGCUGCUGUUGGUGUUUUAGGGAUUUUGCUUCUUAUAAAUUUCUGGAGAAUCAGGCAAAAGAGGCGUAGAAGACGGAAAGGAUCUAAUAGCUCCGGUCGCUUCUCAAAUCUCUAGCCAUCAAAUUUUGAGCUUGUGUAAUACUAGUUGAUUUUUGCAUAAAUAGUAAAAACCAAUAGCAAUUUUUAUAUAAAUGCAAGUUAUAUGAAUUUUGCAGUAA